AUGAAUAUAACUAUGACUAGCAGUCUGUUCUCAGUUCCCAGUUUUAUGAGAGAUGAUGAGAUAAGUAGCUGCAUUUAAGUGCUGGUCUUCCUCUUGUUCAGCACCUCGUCACAGAACGGCUGAAAGAAGAGAAGAAGAGGAUAUUCUGCAGCAGCUACCACCUUCACCAUGAAGACACUGACUGUGUUUGCACUGGUUUGUGUCAUGACGGCUCUGACUGGAGCUGCUGCUGUUCCAGAGGAAAAGGCCGAUAAAGACCAAACAGCUGAAGACAAGAGGUUCAUCAGAGGAGGAUGCUCCGGGGGUUGGUCUACUUUCAAUGACCGUUGUUUCUUCUACGUUCCAAGACGCAUGACCUGGGCUAAAGCUGAGAAAAACUGUGAGUCCCUGGGAGGAAACCUCGCGUCCGUUCACAACAUCAUGGAGUACCACAAUCUUCAGAGGCUGAUCAUGACCAACAGUCAUGAGUACAAAGAAACCUGGAUUGGAGGCACUGAUGCACAAAAGGAAAAGCAAUGGAUCUGGAGCGAUGGCACACCUUUCCACUACUCCAACUGGUGUCGUGGAGAGCCUAAUAACCUUGGGGGCAGGCAGAAUUGUUUGCAAAUAAAUGUUGGAGCUCAGAAAUGCUGGGAUGACUUGCAGUGCGACUCUCAAAGACCGUCUGUCUGCGCCAAGAAAACCUGAUGAUGCCUGGUCUGACAUCAUAACGUACCCGUAAAAAGCACAAACACUGGGGGAGGGGUGUUUGUGUUUCUGCCUUUAAAUACAUUUGUCUUUACUCCGUCAGUCUCACAUCUGAGCUGAAGGAUCUCAUUUAAGUUUCAUAUCUUUAUUUCUGUUCUAUCGCUGUAACGCUACUUAAGGAAGGAAGCGAUAGGUGACAAUAAGGAGCUGGACUGUCUCUGAGGCUUUUUUGCCUUUAAUAAGAGCAGACUGAAUGUGUUAUGAAAAGAUUGCUUUUAGCACAACCUGACAUGUAUUCUUUAGAGUGAACUCUUCUUUCUUGUCUUAUGCAAAAUUAAAAGCCUGAAGCAUUAAAACAAA